AUGGAGGUGGUGACAGGGGUUGGACCAACAGUGGUCUCAACUGCUUAUUCAUGGCUACAGAAAGAGAUGGGACCAGAAACAGACCCGGUCAUCAUUGUCAGAUUCAUCGGCUCCACAGACUUCUCUACUGACCUUCGCACCCUGCUACAGAGCAUCUGUGAGCAGAUUGCCAUCAACUAUCGGUGCCUGAUCCACUUCUUACCUAACAAGAUCCAGGAGAUGAGGGAAUUGCUAGUAAAUUUGCUUGGGGAGUCAUCAUUUCACCGACCUCUUGUCAUCAUUUUGGAUGCCUUGGAGCAGUUGGCGGAUGUUGACGAGGCCCGAAAGUUGUGGUGGCUGCCUGUCCACCUGCCACAUACAGUCCGAAUUGUAGUGUCCACCCUACCCAACAAGCAUGGGAUACUCCAGAAAUUACAUUGCUUGAUACAUGACGAGGAUGCCUAUGUUGAACUGAUGCAAAAAGAUCGCAAAGCUUGCAGUCAGACACUUAAACAGCAGCUUCUAAGUGUCAAACGGAAGGUGACCUCAGGCCAACAGAUAUAUGUGAAUGAAGCAAUGGCAAAAUGUACACUCCCCAUGUUUGUCAACCUCAUCUACCGAGAGGUAGUUCACUGGCGGUCACACAAGGAUGUGGAUGACAAAUCAUUGAGUUCUACAGUACACGAAAGCAUUGAGCAGCUUUUCUACACUACUGAAAACAAGCUUGGCUCACACUUUGUCUGUCGGGCACUGGGCUACAUUACAAUGGCACGGGCAGGCCUGACAGAGCUGGAGCUAGAGGAUAUCUUAUCUUUGGACAACAGUGUCCUUGGGGACAUCAUAGUGAGCUCUAAUCUUAAAAGCCCGUUGCGUAUUUCUUAUGAUUUCAUAGCCAGUCUAAAAGAAGAACUAGAAGGUUAUUUAGUAGAGCGUCAAGUCCAUAGUGUAACACUGAUGGCGUGGGCAAAUCGCCACCUGCAUCUUAUAGCACAAAAGCUAUACCUUAGUAAUGAAGAAGAUGUACAUCAAAUGCAUAGCCUUUUGGCUGAGUACUUCCUUGGAGCAUGGGCAGGUGGUAGAAAGAAGAUAUUCCAUUGUGACAAUAAUCACUUCGCCUCCCUGAAUAUCUCACACCAUCGAAACCCUCAUCACCAGCAGAGCCUUCAUGGCCAUGACAAAGCUUCUGCUGACAAGCACUCUUAUGACAGACAGACACCCGAACAACCCUGGGUGUUCCAGUGUAACUUACUAGAGCCGGACAUCUUCUUUGUCAACCACCGAAAGAUGAUGGAGCUGAAAUACCACCUGACAAGAAGUGGCCGAACAGAUGAUCUCAUAUAUGGUGUCAUCAUGAACUUCAGCUGGCUCUACACUAUGAUAAAGAUUGGGCAGUUUGACAAGGCCCUGUCAGAUAUUGACCUAGCUUACAGCUUCACGCAAGAAAAGGAACUAAAAUUUCUUGCAACUAUGCUCCGCAGUAUAAAGCUUAAAGUGACAAAGAAUCCUGCAUCACUGUCUGCUGAACUACAGCAAAGACUCCUUCCAGUUGUCACAUCUCUUCCCAAGCUCAGACACCUCCUUCUUGAAUGUGACAAGGAUGGUCCUAAAUACUGCUCCAUUGUGCCACUGCACUCUUCCAUGGAUGUCACCUACAGUCCAGAGAGAUUGCCACUCUGUUCUAGCUACAUGCAAAUAGUGGAGAUUCUACCUACAUUAGCUCCAAACAUAGUCAUUGUGGCCCUCGAAGAUGGAUCUGUCAGCACAUGGGAUGUUGAGAGUAGACAGUUGAUAAGACAGAUAGACACAGCGAGGUCGGUUGUUCUUGGCAUCAGGCUAACCUCAGAUGAGAAGUAUCUGGUAGUGGCAACCACAAAAAACACACUUCUAAUUUAUGACAACCACAAAUCCUGCUUGUUGUCGGAGGUGGAAGUGAAAGGGUCCACGAACUGUGGUAUCACUGGUGGGGUAGCGUUCAUCAAUGGAUUCACCUUGUCCAGCCACCAUGCCUUAGCUUGGCUGGAGGCAAGCAAAGACGUCAUUGUGAUUGAUUUGCUCUAUGGUUGGCCAUUGUAUCAGUUCCAUUGCUGGUAUGAGGUAACCUGUGUCCAAUGUUCCCCAGAUGGAAUGUAUGCUUUCUGUGGACAGUAUCUCAACACAACCACCAUAUUCCACCUUGGUAGUGGGGACAAGCUUGCUACAAUGACUUCUGAGUUCUCUGGUGGAUUUGUUAAGUCCAUCCUGAUUCUAGAUACAAUCCAUCAAAUGGUGAUGAUCGACAAUGAGGGCAGUCUAUCCGUCUGGAACACCAAAGAUAUCACAAAUCCCAAGCUGAUGGAGGAUUAUGACUGCAGAGUAGAUGAGACCGAAGUGGUGGGCAUAGAACUCUCUGAGGAUCAGCGAUCCAUCCUCAUCUGCAAAGCGAGAAGCAUUGAGGUGCUGGACACCAAGAUUUGGAAAAUGGCAGAGAAGUUCAAGGCUAAGCGUAGCGAAAAGUUUGUAGCGGCCGUUCUCUCCAAGAAUAGCCAAAGCAUAAUAGCUUCCAUGGAGAACACAUCAUCCAUAUUUGUGUGGAGAAGAGACAGUGGACAGUGCAUGGCCAGCUUGAUAGAGAUAUCUGGAGCCAUUGUAAAAUUGAGCAAAUCAACACACCAUAACUUGCUGCUGUCUGUAGCCAGCAGCGGAGUACUUUCCGUGUGGGACAUUGACAUUAUAACAGCCAUGUCGAACAUUGAUAAAACUGGGAAACCUAUCCAAAGUCUGCAGCUGUCUGGCAGAGAGGAUUUUGUGUACACCAUGGAUGGGUCAGAGGUCAUUCAUAAGUGGAACUACAGCACAGGUUUCAUUGAGAUGGUGUUCAAGCAUGAAGGCCUUGUUGAAAACUGUGUCUUGACAACAUCGGGUGACCUAAUGGUGACAUCUGAUGAUAAAAGUAGUCAGUACAUCUGGAAUACAACCACAGGUGAAAAUAUAUUCCGUAUCAAUGGUCAGAGGAUCUCACAGCUUCUCAUCACACACAAUGACCAGUUUGUAGUGUCCCUUUGCGAGCAGAAUGCCUCCCGCGUUUGGAGGCUUGCUACUGGUCACAAGGUGUGCAACAUUCUUGUAACACUCCAGCAUGCCCUCAUUACCACAGCAAACACAUUUCUUGUGGGAACCAACAUGAAUAAACUGUUGGCUGUUAGCUUGUGGUCAGGCAGUGUAUCCAAAAAGUUUAUCUGUGAUGAUGGGAUCACAAUUAUUAACUUCAAAUUAGUUCCUGACACUCCAGAUUAUGUCGUCUUCAUCACCUCCACAGAAACAGUUUUCAUCUGGAGUGUUGCCGACGAGUCUGUGUGUAGGCGGGUGCAGCUGCCUAGCAACUUUUUGAAGAACCUGGAAGAUUUCCAAAUAUCACCAAAUGGGAAAUUGGGCAUUGUGUUGAAAGGUGAUGAGAACAUUAAUGUCCUAGACCUACACAGUGGUAAACUGCGUCUUGUACAUGCUGCUGGCAUAAUCUGGCGUCAAAAUCUCUCACGAGAUGGACGCUACUUAGUGUACAUCUGUUUCCAGAAUUGCGAUGAAGAUGAUGAUGCAGGUGUGAUUUCUAGUCUGAUCGUCAUGAGAUUGGCAGAUGGUAAGAGCAUCGGGACCUGUUCCCUCUACAAAACGGCAACCUAUCUGUGCCUAUCACAGCGAGCACUUAACAUAAUUGUGGGAUUUGAGGAUGGCAGCAUUGGCACCUACACAGUUGUAGACCGUGUAGAUGCCACUCUGAAAAUCAAGAUAGCCACCUCAAACAGUCGCCAAAUAGUUAACAAUGCCUCACAGAAAGUACGACCUAAGUGUAGCACCAAUGCCUUCAAGACCAUUGCUGACUGUGUGUGGAGAGAAUCCACUGAGGUCUUCUCUCGGGAUAGUCCUAUCAACGUCUCUGACAGUGGAGAGCCAGAGUCAACAACACCCACAAAGAAAACUGAACUGCUGCAAUGAAAGCGCACUGACAGGCAUGAAGGAACAAGGCCAUGUAUGGAUACAGGUGAUUAUUGUUUACAGCAACUUUGAUUCAGCUGCACAGAUCAGUUAUCAGAUAAUAGCAACUGACCAAUUGCUAUUAAGCUGAACUUAAUCUGCAGUCAGUCACCUUGAUUUAUUUUAUCCAUCAUCAAUUUACUGUCAAAUGUAUACACUGGAUUUACUAGUAACGUACUGGAUUUAAGUACUAAGGAAAAAUGUGAUUUAUUGGAAAAGCCAAUCCAUUCGGCUUUAUAUGUCCUUCCUUCUCAUGUAUGAGCCAAUGUGGCCAAAUAGUUCAGAUUUUAUAUGAGUUUAGUCAAAUCAAGCCAUAACGUUACUUUAUACAGAAGCAUACAGAAAUGUAAAAUAUUUGUAGCCAUACAAGUUGCUGCCAUUUUUUUUUUAAUACUCAUUUGUGUCUGUUUAUUAACGUCCUCUAGUACUGUACUAAAAUGUAAACGUAUGUACAUGUGUACAUAUGUACUUUGGCUGCUGCAGUUUGUGCAACUACUUAAAUAUAUGUUAUGUUGUGCUAAAUGCAAUCAAAGUGAGUGCCUGGAUUUUUUUAUUUUCUUUGUUACAGAAACUGAUGAAGAAAAAAUUGCAGGGAAUUUCUAAACAAAAAUACAUUGAUACAAAUAUUCAUCAUUAUGGUUCAGCAUUCAAUUCAUACAAAAUUGGCUUACAGAAUCUAAAUGAGGAUUAUUGGAAAGUACAUUUCAGUAUUCAGGUAUUCAGAAAAUUGUCUGAAGUCAUUAUAAGCUUCUUAGUCAUUUCAGAAUGCAUUCCAGACUUUCUCUAACAAAAAUGGCAUGGAUGUCCAUGAAUCCAUGUGUGGAAUUUGCUCUAAAUGACAGACAGAAUUAAACCCAUCCUCAUAUAUUUAAUUCUAAAACUGAUACUGAGAAGGUCAUCUUCUGACUCGACUAAAUCCUAAAGAUGAAUAGUUACUUUUAAAGAAUGUGAAAUUCUCUGGCAUGUCACAAAAGAAAUUAGUUUCAAUAAAACAAUCAGCCAUGCCCCAUCCAAACUCUUCUCUCCAUAACUCGAGGGCUAUUCCGUCGAAUUGUAUGUUUACCUCUGGAAAUACUGACACAUAGGCCCAUUUACAGCCCAAAACCUGUAGCAGUAUUGGUGUGAUUAGCUUCUCCCACUGAAGUGUUUAAAACAUACAGAUAUUGUACAAUAUUUGCCAAAGUUGUGUUUAUUUUUUAAUUAAUUAUUAUUAUUUGUUUUCAGAAUGUUAAAUGGUGUUGUUUGUGACCCUUCUUGUUACUUUUCUGGACUUUUCUGGCCUUGUUGUUUUUUCUAGCACAACUUAUCAUGAGAACAUGCAUUAUCUUUGCUAAGAUACUGAUGAAGUCCAUUGCUAUUAUAUUGGAAUGCCAGUUUUAGAGUAUAUUUGAAUGUGUCGAUAUGAGAGCAGUUGAACAGUAUAUUAAAUGUUAUGUAACUUGAAUGACUUUUAACUACGUUUGCAAAACAUAGUUCACAUACUGGUAUUGAAUGUGUUUAUUCUAUUAUUUGUAUUGUCAAGAUUGAAGAUCCCUGUUUAGAGAUAUAUAUAUAUUUUCAUAAAUGUUGUACUUACAUUUUGUUACAAAGUUGUUUAUGUAUUCUAGAAAAAAAAUAGCAGAAAAUGUGUCUGAAAGCAAUAUGACUUGAUGUGUAUGCAUUC